GCAGAUGGAAACAUCAGACUCAGGACAGAAACUCAUAACCUGUAAAAAAUGGACCAAACUCUAUAUUUAAUUCUUCUCCUCAUUGCUCUCUGCUCCAUAUCUGAAUGUGUUCAGCAUCAGUAUCACUUUAUAAAUGAGAGGAAGACCUGGACUGAUGCUCAGAGAUACUGCAGAGAGAAUUACACAGAUCUGGCCACCGCUGACAACAUGAACGACAUGAACGAGCUGAACGAGCUGAACGAGCUGAACGAGCUGAAGAAGAGCGUGAAUAAUAGACGUGUCUGGAUUGGGCUGCAGAAGACGGGUCGUGAUGAAUGGCACUGGUCUUCAGGUGAACCUGCGCUCGAUCUGAACUGGAGUACUGGAAAACCAGCUGGCAGAGAUGAAUGUGCUGCGAUGUCUAAUGGAGAAUGGCAUGAUUUGGCAUGUAGUGAUAACAGACAUUUCAUCUGCAACAACACAAACGCAGGACUCAUCUUUGUCAAUCAGAGGAUGAACUGGAGAGACGCUCAGAGUUACUGCAGACAGAAUAACACUGAUCUGGUCAGUGUGAGGAACCAGAAUGAGAGUCUACAGGUUCAGAAGAUCAUUAGUGAUAGACAGUUAUCUGGAUCAUGGAUCUGGAUCGGUCUGUUCAGAGUCAGAGACUCGUGGCAGUGGUCAGAUCAGAGUGACUCCUCAUUCAGAUACUGGAGCACUGGUGAACCUAAUAAUCAUGGAGGUGUUGAAAACUGUACAGCUGUCGAACAGAACGCUCAGGGACGAUGGAUUGACGUCUCUUGCACCGAUCAAUAUCCUUUUGUGUGUCAUGAAGAUAAACUGAUUGUGAUCAGAGAGAGUCUGACGUGGUCUGAAGCUCUGAGAUACUGCAGACAGAAUCAUGUGGAUCUGGUCUCGGUUCAUUCAGAAGAGAUUCAGCGUCGUGUGAUGAACGUGGUUAAACUUGCGUCUACUGCGGCGGUGUGGUUGGGUUUACGUUACUCCUGCACCAUGGGUGUCUGGUUCUGGGUGAGUGGAGAGACUGUGUGCUAUCAGAACUGGGCUCCAGGGAACGGCACAUCAGCGGAGGACUGUGAAGACGCAGUGAGAUCUGGAGCAGUUCAGUCUGGAGGAGAUCAGCGCUGGAUCAGCCGUCCUGAACACCACAAACUCAACUUCAUCUGCAGCAGCUAUUAAGAGAGAAAAGAGUAAAAUGCUUGUGUGUUCACUUCCUUUAACUUCAUUUUCAUUUAUUAUUUUGUAAAGUAAUAAUUUUGCAUUUAAUAAUUCCAGGCUCAGCAGGCAGUCGUACCUGCGGGUUAAAAAAGCAGAAAUAUUUUGCUCAAAUGGUUGUUGUGAUUGUUGAUAUAGUUUAAACGUAUUCUUCAAUAAGCUGUAAAUUGUCUAAAUUGUUCAUUUGAAGUUCUGUUGAUCUGCAGGUGGGUGAAUUUCUGUUGAUGUAUCGGUGUGAUUUCGGUGGGUUUGUUUGCUCCAUAUUAAGAGACUCAAGGGCCAGAAAUGUUUACAAACUCUUUCAACAUGUCUUUGUAAUUAUUAACAUCAGAAUUAGAUGUUGAUCUUCCACAUAGCAGAGGGUCUUGGCCCAAAUGUGGCCUCAAGCUGGUACUGCUGGCCUCCUGUCGGCAAUGGCAUGUACCCAUUCAGCCAGAGCUGGGCCGUGUGUGGCAAUGAUGGCACGGCGUGAAUCACGGCAAACAAUAUGAGGGGAGGAGUGUGGCCCAGAUCAGUCCAGUGAUCAUGUGGCCCAAAUCAGGCAGUGACCUGACAGCAUAUUAUGAGACCCAUGAAAAACAAAAUAAAUAAAAUAUGAUAAAAUGAUCACAGGGAUUUUAAUGAAGUGUAGUAUUGUUUAAAUUUAAUCUUUGAAAUGGCAAAUCAAAACAGAACAAAAUAUUAUAAUUUCAAAAUUAAGCAAAUCAGUAAAUCAGUCAACUGCAUUAAACUGCACUUAAUUAUAAUUUGAUUAUAUUUUAUAUUAUUAUUCUCAGAACAAAUACUCUUAGAAUCCUUAGAGAGAGAGAGAUCAUUUAACCAUUAUCAUGUAAUAUUUAUUUGGUUUAUCAUGGGGCACUUAAUUUUAUUAAUACGCUGUCAUGCACAAGCAUUAAAUAAAAUGAUCAAAAGUAUUUUAUUUUUAUUCAAAUCCUCGGUAUCCAUGUGAUGCUUUGUGUGAGGAACAGAUACAAAUUCAAACCAUUCAUCAGCAAUAUGUAUCUCCUUCCUCUGUAGCUAUAGCAACAGUUAAAAAAUUUGCUGUAAGGAAGUUUUGCGGCAGCGAUAUCAAACGCUCAUUGGCUCCAGCCGGUUUUGUCACAGAUUGCGACAUGCCGUGUUUCCGAUGAUGCGUGCGUGCUUUGAAUAAGAAACGCGCGCCCUCACGGAGUGGAUCGAUAGUGUUUUCAGCGCUUAACAACUUUAAUUAUGCCCUGCUCCUCGCACUAAACUAUUAUAUAUGGCUGUAAGAUUCCGAAAUUUUUGGAAUCGAUUCCGAUUCCUGGUUCUGGAAUCGAAUCCUCUGUUGUUUUUGUUUCUUGUUUUAGAUCGAAGGAACCUAAUCUCGCCAUGACUGCAGGAUAUAAAGGUCGUAGAAAGUAUCCUUCUCAUAAUAUGAAGCUUUAUUUGUAAAAAAAUGACAAUAAAUUUCUAUAGCUAUAUGAUUGAUUUUUAAAUUGUAAUUUUGUCUGCUUUGCCCGUGAAAUUAGUCAUAGCUCACUGCUCAGCAGGGACAUGCAUUUAUCGCAUGAAUUGAACAAGACAUGAAGUGUCUAAAAUAAAUAUGCACAGUUCAGCUGAAUGAUGAAGUUUACUUUGACUGUAUGCUUUGGAUAAAAUUAACAAACGGUACAUUGAAACAUAAUAACCAGAACAUUAACAAUAACACUGAUAGAGCUCGUGGUUUAUCUGUCAAUCAGAUGCGCUCUUGGCCACUGAUCUAUGCUCGAGACGUUUUCUUUUAGAAUUAUCAUUGGCUGAUAGAAAUAAAAAAAAUAAAAAUAAAAAAAAGUAUUUUAGAUGGAAAUAAGAUCCUCAAUCACGUCAUGAUCUAUUCUGUCGUGCAGCGCUCAAAAUUGUGGACAACAUAAGUACAACAUAGUAGGCCAAGUAAAACCCCAAGAGACGUGGGAACAAUGUACAAAACGCUUUAUUGGAUUGUCACAGUAAAUCAUUAAAAACACCCAAUGGCAUCAAUGCCACGUGUCGGGUCACAAUAUAAAGCACAAAUGGUAGCCACGGGUACGACGCCAAAUAAAGAAACAACUUAAAAAUACUCACAAAAAAAACGACAGAAACCAACAAAAGACAAGCAUAGGCUGGCCCACGGCAGGAGCAGGCUAGCUGAAGUGAAGAUCCGAUCUGUACACUAGUGCAUCCCAUGCGCACACACACACACACACACAAAGUGAAGCGUGAUUCCAAACAGCACUGCACUCCACCCGAUUAUACCACCACCAGUACUCGAAGCCAGCUAGCCUCCCUGCCUCGGGGCCCGACAGUGCCUAGAAUAGACACAACCCAAAACCUAUUACAUUCAAAUAGAAAGACUUCAACUUUAACCAAAAGGGAAACACAACAUAUAAAGAAACAGUCUCACAAUAGUAUAACCACAUCAAACAAAAAAAGAAAAUAUACAACAGCAGAAUAACACAAUAUUGUAUUUAAAUUAAGCAAAAGAAAUAAUCCAAAACACGCUAAAUAGAAUAGUAACUCUGAAGGCUCACUGAAGCAGUAGCACCUCAAGGUCAGUUCUCCCAGGGCUGCAUGAAAACACUCUACGCAACAUAGGCAGAGUCACGGAUGCAAACAGCAAAAAGCCUGACGAAUCAGGCCUGUCUCAAUAGUGGGACAACUCAAAACCGCUCAGAAUAGGCUUUCGUUAAACAUCAGCCAAACCGGUAUACGGCCGGUAUUUAGCCAUACAACAGAGGGACUUAUCAAAAAAAAGAAGAAGAAAAAACACAAAAGAAAAGAAUACAAAACAACAGAAAAGAAAACAGCAGCGCCGUCCUCCUUCAACACGGAGUGUAAACACUUCCGCGUUCUCCAGCGACUAGCCAACACGGCGUCGGAAAAACCUCAGUGCACUAAAAGAAAGGGGCAAUUACUAAAAAAAGGAUCACUUUUCUUGUGAACAAGAGAAAAUAGAUUGCACCUACCAAAACGAAUCAUGGUGCCACAUGAAUCGUACUAUUGCUCUCAGCUCACAAGCGUAGAAUCCCAUGCAGGAAGACACAGUCACCGAAGAAUUUCACCACUAAAAAGAGUGAAUAAACACCGGAUAACACCACCCGACGCCAACGAACAGCGCGUAAUGCAAGUGAACGCAUACCUGACCUGUAGUGGACAACCUGCAACCCAACGCACAGCAUCAAGUGGCCAUUCAGCGUGCACCUGUACACCCGCACUCCAUAAGGGCAGUCCCAGCCGUGACGCACACCAAGUGGCAUAACUCCAGCCUUAAAUACCCGGAUUCUAAUGUGGGUGAUAAUCACACACCAAUGAGCCAAUGUGACAAGAUUACGUCAACCACCUUGCCACAUCAGUACCGACUCGUUUUCUUUCAGUUUAUUUUCGUGAAUUUAAAUGUGUGCAGCCUUCGUAGGAUGCAGCCUUCCAUUUGAGAGGCUCCCAUAGAUAAGCUUUGUUGAACUGAAUAAAGCUCUGAAUGAGGAGUCGAUUCCUCUUGAUGGAAUCGACCCCUUUGGAAUCCCCCCCUUUUGAAUCGACUCUCGAUUCCCAACGCCUCGGAAUCGAUUCCCAGCUCUACUAUUAUAUCCUGCCAGAGAGGACUGCGACUGCAAUGUAUCAUCAUUUGCACUUCUGUGGUACUGCUCUUUGACAUUUCUGCAAUAAAUUAUUGAUUAAAUGUG